GUCGUUUUCGUGGAAGAAAGCAAAAGAGUGCACAAAAACUUGUAGUAUACACGGGCUGUAACGCAGAAAGAUUGCAGUUCCUAUUGAGGUCAGACGGAAUAUUGAUGCACACCAUAAAUCAAAUGUGUGUUAAACCAAUAGGAUCAGUAACUGAAGAAGUAACACUAGGUGUUUAUCAAAAUUGCGAUAAAAAUACAGAAACAUGGAGCUGGACAAAGAAUAAAUCACUUCAGUACAAAAAGGAAAUGUGUUUAGGACCAAAGAGUAAACGAGUUCACCCAAAUAACAGCGAAGAGCUCGUUCUUAGUUAUGAUUGUGACCAGCCACAAAAUCGUCUCAGAUUUAUUCAAGACACUGGGCCUGGUUGGUACCUGUACAUGGGAGGGUCAACGAAAUCAGGGGUGAAAAAAGCACGAUACAUCUCGCCAGUGAUCACCAAAGCCAAUUCAUGCCUUCAAUUCUACUUUCAUUUGUACGGUAAAAAUGUACGACUUAAGGUGUACGUGAAGUCUGGAGAAAAAGUUUUAUAUCCGGAGCAUAGGUACCGCGAAUACCCCAAAAGCUACCGCAAAUACCCCAAAAGAGAGUGGUAUAAAGCAAUGAUGGCUAUAAAGAAUCAAAGUGCUGCUUAUCAGUCAAGAAUCCAUCUUAAUCUUUGUUGGUUGAAAAGAUGA